AUGGAAGAUGUCAGGAAAGAAUCAAAAGUCAUAUAUGAUGAAUUUAAGUUGAUAAGUGGCAAAAAUGAAUCACAAAAGAGACAGUUAUCUAAAGUAAAAAAUAUUCUGAAAAAGAAGCAAAAUGUUUUUUUUAACCACUUAACUUAUUUUCUGGCUGCUGGUGCUGUUACUUUGGGAAUUGGUUUCUUUGCUUUGGCAUCAGCUUUGUGGUUCCUGAUUUGCAAACGAAGAGAAAUAUUUCAAAAUUCCAAAUUUAAAGCUACUGAUGAGAGAUGCAGGCAAAGAUCAUUAAAGGGAAAGAUUAAAAAUCAUUCUCAGUGUAUCUUUAUUUCUCGAAAUUUUCAUACUGGAGGAUUCCAAUCACAGGAGGAGCAAAGAAAAAAGGAAACAGCACAUAUAAAAGUAAUAAAAGAUCACUCUAAAGAUGAAUUCUGCCUUGCAACAAAAAAGGUCAUUUGUGACCCCUCAGAGACUAGCUUGGCAACACAUCCCAGCAGUGUUACCUUAAGCUUAUCAACACUACCAUCUGAUUCUUAUUACAGCCAAAGUAUAGAAGCAGCUGAUGACUGGUUUUCUGAUGAUACUCUAGCAAAAAAGAGCUCUCCAAUUCCUUUUCUCAGGGAACCUCUAAUGGAAAAAGUAUUUUCAUACCUGUCAACAAUUUCAUUAGAAGAUUGUACUGAAAAUGUACUGAACAUGACACUUUAUGAUGAUCAGAAAGAUGACAGCAUUAAGGAAAUAUUUUCACGAAGAAAUACAGAGGUUGAAAUACAAAACCUUCAACAUAAUAUUGAAUGA